AUGUCAACUUACUCUUCGAUUCAAAUCGAAGGAGAAGGAAGGCCCUCUUCUGCAGGCAAUACCAUAUUCGAAAAUAAUGUUCCAAUAGAUCGGUCACCAUUAUUAAGCGGAGAUAUAGUGAUCGAGGAUGAAAACGAUUACGAGGGUGAAGGACCCGGCGGAGCACAACAUGGAUUCGCUAGUUAUUACUCUUGUGCGAUCAAUCUUGCCAAUACCAUUCUUGGAACAGGGAUGUUAGCCAUGCCAGCAGCCAUAGCAUCAGUCGGACUUUUAAUUGGUAGUAUAAUGAUAAUUUUUGCGGCAACCACUUCUGGACUUGGAUUAUAUUUCUUGUCCCGUAGCGCUUCAUAUACAAAGAAUCGUAAUGCAUCAUUUUUUGCUGUAUCACAAUUAACUUAUCCAUCGGCAUCCUCAUUAUUUGAUGCCUCUAUUGCCAUAAAGUGUUUUGGAGUUGCCGUUUCAUAUUUAAUCAUUAUCGGUGAUUUGAUGCCGCAGGUGAUAAACGGUUUCGGAGAUAGUUUCGUAGAUGAGUAUUCAAUAUUUAUGGAUCGACGAUUUUGGAUAACUGUCUUUAUGUUCGUCGUCGUACCUUUGGCAUUCUUAAAGAGACUUGAUUCUCUAAGGCAUACUAGUUUCAUCGCAUUAAUUGCUGUAGUUUAUUUGGUAUUUAUCGUUAUUUAUCAUUAUUUCGGGCCUGAUUAUAAAGCCCCUCCAAAAGAAAAGAUACAUCUUGUGAAAUUUUCAACAAAAUUUUUUACAAAUUUACCAAUUUUUGUUUUUGCCUUCACGUGUCAUCAAAAUAUCUUUUCGAUCUAUAAUGAACUUGCAGACAAUAGUCAAAAAAAUAUUAACAGUGUUAUCGUUGGUGCGAUCGGAACGUCGGCUACAAUAUAUCAGGUCAUUGGAAUAUUGGGAUAUUUGAGUUUUGGUGAUGACGUCUUGCCAAACGUCAUUUUGAUGUCGCACCCGGCACGCGCUUGCCUGGAAAAAUUACUUUUUUAUAGAUCAAAUUCCACGAAUGGUUAUAAGAAACUUUCUUCAUCAGAGAUGUCAAAUGUAAAUUAUUUCGGGCUAACAUCCGGUAUCCUGAUAUUUAGUUAUAUCAUCGCUAUAUCGGUAUCAAAAUUAGAUUUGGUACUUGCAUUCGUCGGAUCAACAGGAUCCACGGCAAUUUCUUUUAUAUUACCGGGAUUAUAUUAUUAUAAAAUUCAUGAAAAUGAUCCAUGGGAUAAAAGGAAAAUAUUGGCGGCAUGUUUAAUAAUUUAUGGUUUAUGCGUCAUGACCAUUUGUUUGACGUUAAAUAUCGUAAAAGUUUCAUCCUGA